AUGUUACAGCCUCGAAGUACAAUUACACAACAAGAUUUACUAGAAUUUUACGAAAGAUCCAGUGGAUUAGGUUUUAAUCUAUUUGGUUUUAAUAUGUCAAAUUAUUCCUCUUCAAGUACUAUUGGUUCAGCAGAUACCUCAUCCUCAACAUCUGCUUUCGUUAUCACUUUAAUAGUUAAUUCAAUUACUGCUGUAUGCUUUUUUACUGCAUUUACUAUUCUUCGAACUAAAUUCAAAAGAGUUUAUCAGCCAAGAACUCUGCCUGAUGUGCAAACAAUCACCGAAGAAGAAAGAAUCAAUGAACCUCCAAAAGGUUAUCUAUCAUGGUUACCCUUUUUAUUAUCUAAAUCACAUUCUUAUCUGCUACAACAUUGUGGCAUAGAUGGUUAUUUCUUUUUACGGUAUAUGGCUAUUUUCGUCUCAUUUUCCUUCAUCUCUGGUUGCAUCUUAUUCCCAAUUUUAUUACCUGUUAAUGCAACCAAUGGUCACGGAUUAAGUGGCUUUGAAAUUUUGUCUUAUGCUAAUAUUAAAAACGGCAAAAGAGCUUAUGCUCAUGUCUUUUUAUCAUGGAUCAUCUAUAUUUUAUUCUUAUUCAUUCUAUAUAAAGAAUUAUAUUACUAUGUCGUCUUCAGACAUGCUAUUCAAACUACACCUCUCUAUGAUGGACUCAUCUCUUCAAGGACAGUCUUAUUAACUGAGUUAAGGGCUAACUUAGUUGCAGAAGGAGAGUUUGAAAAAAUCUUUCCUAACGUGGAGAAAGUCAUAUAUCCACACGACUUAAAAGCCUUAAUUAACAAAUGUCAAGAACGUAAUAAGUGCUUCAAUAAAUUGGAGUCUACCCUGAAUUCAGUUAUUAAUAAAGCUGUGAAAAAACAACAUAUGAAAUCUCCAGAAAAAUUGAAUAAACUAUAUUCAAACGGUUCUAAACCAAAAAAUGAUCUGAAUACUUACAUUUCAAAGAAAAAACGCCCUACUCAUAGAUUAGGAUCCUGGUACAUUCCAAGUAUCUCCAAAAUUUUUCCAUCCCGCGUUAAAGUAGACACUAUUGACUACUGUGAAGAACAUUUAGUCGAAUUAAAUAAGGAAAUCCAUGAUUUGCAAGCUGAUUGGGAUGUGGAUACUAAAAGAUUACCUGCUGUGUUUCUUAUUUUUAGUAACCAAAUUGACGCACAGAAAUGCUAUCAAUCUGUCACAGAUAUCCUGGGUAUUUUUUCAUUUGGUAAGAAAUUUAUUGGUAUAACGCCAGAAGACAUUAGUUGGUCGAAUUUAAAUUUAACGUCGUGGCAAAGAUAUAUAAGAUACAUUGGGGCUAACACUUUCCUUGUGGCAAUGAUCAUCUUUUGGACCAUUCCAGUUGCUGUAGUGGGUUGUAUUUCAAAUAUUAAUUUCUUAACCACAAAGGUCCCAUUUUUAAGAUUCAUUAAUAAUUUGCCGGAUUUCUUAUUAGGUUUAAUCACUGGUCUUUUACCAACCAUUGCUCUUGCUAUUUUGAUGUCAUUAGUUACACCAAUCAUCAAAUGUGCAGGUGGUUUAUCGGGUGCUUUGACCAUAGAAGAAUUAAAUACUUUCACCCAGAAGUGGUAUUAUGCGUUCCAAGUGAUUCAGGUUUUCUUGGUUACUACGUUAACUUCCUCUGCAUCUGCUACUGUGGAAUCGAUUAUUACAAAUCCAGAAAAUGCAAUGACUCUUUUAGCGCAAAAUUUGCCAAAGGCAUCUAAUUUCUAUAUUGUUUAUUUCCUUUUAUUAGGUUUAUCCACUCCAAGUAGUAACCUUUUACAAAUUGUUAAUUUUAUCUUAUCUAGACUUUUACCAUUUUUAGAUUCAACACCAAGAGAUAAAUGGACUAGAUUUAAUACGUUGUCGCAACCAGAUUAUUCUGUCCUUUAUCCAACAGUUCAAAUUUUGACUUGUAUCUUCAUCAGUUAUAUUAUCAUAUCCCCAAUUAUCUUAGUGUUUUCCACUUUUGCUAUUUUGUUCACUUUAAUAUCGUACCUUUAUAAUACAACAUAUGUUCAAGGUUUUCCAGCUAGUGAUGCCAGAGGUAAAAACUACCCAAUGGCAUUAUUUCAGGCUUUAUGUCCUAUUUAUCUUUGCCAAGUAUGCUUGCUUGGUCUUUUCAUUAUGUCAAAAUCAUGGGGUCCUCUAGUGUUAGAAGUCAUUGCAUUAGCUGCUACAGCCCUAGUUCAUGUUUAUUAUAAAUAUAAGUUUUUACCGAUUAUGGAUUGUGUUCCUGUAUCCGUGAUUAGGAUUGCAAGAGGUGAUUUAGAUCCAUCUUUAUAUCCAACUCAUGAUUUAGGUCGUGCUGAAAUUAAUCAACUGAUUAAAAAUGAAGUUCAUAACUAUAAAGCAAAUAUUACAGGUGGUGUAAUUAGAGAUGCUACAAAAUGGGAGUUAGAACAUGCCAAUAUGUUAUCAUCCAAACAAGACUUAGCUUCCUUGUCUCUGUCAAGUACUGAUUCAAUUGCAAAAUCUAUAGAUCCAUCGAAAUUGAGUGACAAAUUUGGAGCUUGGACACCAGCUGACCCAGUGGAAGAAAAAAAUUGUAAAUUAAAUUCAAGAAAACUUGAAAAUUACGAUUCUACUUUUGCUCCAGAAGAUGAAACUUUUAGAAAAUAUACUUACAAGGACGUUCAAAAUCAAAGAUAUGGUAUAAAAAUAGAUGAAGACCCUAAGGAUAGUCAUCACCAUGAAAAUAUGGAAGAACCAUUAGGCGAGCAUGUGGUUAACGAAUGUGAUGUUGGAAGACAAUACAAUGAUCCAAAGGCCAUGAUGGAUGAUCCUGCUGCGUUCCCAUUAAAUAUCACUGCUGGUGAAUCUUGGCGGCGUAGGAUUGUCAAGUUCUUUCAACCUACAAAAAUGUAUCCCUUUACACUAGUUAGAUCAAGAUUACCACAUGUGUUUAAUACGACUGUUGAGUAUGAAGAUAAUUAUAUUGAUAUUGCAUAUACCAAUCCAUGUAUAAGGGAAAAGGAUCCUAUUGUUUGGAUAUGUAAAGAUCCAAUGGGUGUAUCACAACAACAGAUUGAUAUUGCCAAAGAAGUUGGUGUAGAUAUAAGAGAUGAUUUUACUAAAUAUAAUGAAAGAGGUAAACCAAUGUUCACGUUUAACCCACCAGAUUUUGAAACAAAAGUUAAACGUUAA